GGAACCUCAGAACAUGACAAAGUCCCGAAGAUGCGACGGCUGUCGCACCACUCUCCCCCUGCGAGUCUGCCCGGGCACAGGCUCCAAUGAGUCCCCCCACAGUCCAUAGUCCAACUCCCCUGCCUGAGGGACAGGCAACGCCCCCACGGCAGGAGGACUCCCAAAGGUGGGAGGGGAGGCAGGUGCAGCUUGUGCAGGCAGAGGUAAGGUGUACGGCUUCAGCCUGUCAUGAUUUAGCAGUGACUCUCGCAGCAGCUCGACAUGGCAGAAGUAGCUCCAGCUCCGGCUCCGGCCAAAGCCGCCAAGAAGAAGGUGUCCAAGCCGAAGAAGGCCGGCCCCAGCGCGGCAGAGCUCAUCGUGAAGGCCGUGGCCGCGUCCAAGGAGCGCAGCGGCGUGUCCGCCGCCGCCGUCAAGAAAGCUCUGGCCGCCGGAGGAUACGACGUGGACAAGAACAAAGCCCGCGUCAACACCGCCAUCAAGAGCCUGGUGACCAAGGGGACCCUGGUCCAGACCAAGGGGACCGGGGCCUCCGGCUCCUUCAAGAUCAGCAAGAACACUGACACGAAGGCCAAAGCUCCCGUGAAGAAAGCGGCUCCUAAAGCCAACAAGCCCGCCGCCAAGAAACCCGCAGCAGCAAAGAAGGCGAAGAGCGCAGCAGCCAAGAAACCAGCAGCGGCCAAGAAGAGCCCCAAGAAGGUGAAGAAGCCCGCAGCGCUCAAGAAGACGGCCAAGAGCCCCAAGAAGGUCGCCAAGAGCCCCAAGAAGGUCGCCAAGAGCCCCAAGAAGGUGCUGAAGAAGGCCCCCAAAGCCAACACUAAACAGUUUGCUACAAUACAAAUAAAAUAAAUUAAUAAAAUAAAACAAAAACUAAAUAAGGACAUCAAAUCCUCUCCAGUAGCCCUGUAUCUUUCAGAUAUGCCAUCAAAUGCUUGAGCACAAUUCCUGACUCUGCUCCAAGCAAGUUCCCCAUAUU